AUGGAGCCAGCAAGAAAGAGGAGAACUUCUCCUGUCUGGGAGCAUUUUGAAUUGGUUGCUCAUAACAAGGUGAAAUGUUUGCUGUGCCACAAAGAGCUAACUUACAGCAACAACACCUCCUCCAUGCUUAGGCAUUAUCGUGCAAUGCAUGAGGAUGCGCAACCUGCUGCAAACAGACCAGACACUAGUCAAAAUUACAGGAAGAAAAUGGUGGAUGAGGCUUUGGUCAACAUGGUCAUCAAAGACUCCCAACCCUUUUCUGUUGUGGAUGACGUGGGGUUUAGAGAGCUUGUGCAUGUGCUGGAUCCAUCCUAUGUUCUUCCAACAAGAAAGGCUUUGAAGUCCAUGGUUGAUAGCAGGUAUGAGGAGGCUAAGGAGAAGGCCAAAGAGAAGUUGGACAAUGUUGUUGCUGUUAGCCUUACGUCCGACAUGUGGACAUCGAUAAACAUGGAGGCUUACCUGGCUGUGACAUGUCAUUUCAUAGAUGCCAAUGACCAGCUUGGGACAAUCUUGCUUGGGGUGCAACAUUUCCCAAACACCCAUACAGCAGAGAACUUGGCUAUUUCUCAUACUAUGGUCAUGGAGGAGUGGGGCAUAAAGGACAAGGUGAGGUGCCUUGUCACGGAUGCUGCUGCCAAUAUGAUUGCCUGUGUCAGGGCAUUAAAUAUUAGGCAUGCCAUAUGCAUUGCACAUGCAUUAAAUUUAAUUGUCAGAAAGUCUUUCGACGAUGUACCAGACUUAAAUCAGCUUCGCACCAAAUGUAGGAAGCUUGUUACCUACUUCAGGACCAGCACAACAGGCAAAGAAAGACUGGCCCAAGUGCAGGUGCAGAUGGGGAGACCAACUCUAAAAACGAUUAUUGAGGUGGACACCCGAUGUACGACCUGA